AUGGUGGACUGCAGCCAGUGCGGCUGUAGCGGGCACAGCGCCGGCUCUGAUGGCGCCAGCACCAGCUACGCCUCGGCCACAGGACGGCCCAGCAGCUAUGCCCGAGUGCACGGCGAGGUUUCGCGGGCUCCCGCCCAGUGGAGGCGCAUAGACACGGUGGCAAAGGAGGAGCUGCGAGAAGUGCGCUACGAGAAGGCCGUGGGGGAGGGGAUUGCCAAGGUCACCAUCAACCGCCCCGAGAAGCGCAAUGCAUUCACCCCACGCACGGUGAUGGAGAUGUCGCUGUGCUUUGCCGAUGCAAGGGAGGACCCGGCGGUGGGGGUGGUGAUCCUGACGGGGGAGGGCCCGCUGGCCUUCUGCAGCGGCGGCGACCAGAGCGUGCGAGGCGCGGGAGGCUACGUGGGCGCGGACGGCAUCCCGCGCCUCAACGUGCUGGAUCUGCAGAUGCAGAUCCGGCGGCUGCCCAAGCCGGUGGUGGCGCAGGUGGCUGGGUAUGCUGUGGGCGGGGGCCACAUCCUGCACAUGAUGUGCGACCUCACCGUCGCCGCCGACAACGCGGUGUUUGGGCAGACGGGGCCCAAGGUGGGCAGCUUCGACGCCGGCUACGGCUCCACGCAGAUGGCGCGCCUGGUUGGGCAGAAGCGGGCGCGGGAGAUGUGGUUCCUGGCGCGCCUGUGCCGCGAGGUGCUGCGCAACAGCCCCACCGCGCUGCGCAUCCUCAAGUCGGCGCUGAAUGCGGCUGAGGACGGGCAGGCGGGCAUCCAGCAGCUGGGCGGGGACGCCACGCUGCUGUUCUACCAGAGCGAGGAGGGCAACGAGGGGCGGCAGGCCUACAUGGAGAAGCGCGCGCCAGACUUUUCGCGGUUCAAGCGGCUGCCCUGA